ACCAAUAAGCAACCUGCGAUGGCCGGAAGUUGGCGUGGUUAAUAAACCUGUCCCGCCCUAGUGGCGUCACGUUUAGUCUUCUCGGCCUGACAAACAGAAGACCCUCGGGUACCCAUGGAAGGAGCAUUGCGGGUCAUGUGAUUGGGCAAGGAAGCCGAGUGCUGGUCCCUCCCCCCUGCGAGACAUGGCUCUUUGUCAAUGUGCCGUCAAACACAGUGAGUCAGACAUGGAAGGCUGCAGCUUCACUCCGGCCGGGCUCAGAGUCUUUCUCUACUGGAGCAACGGCAAGGAGCACUAUGUCACUUAUAGCCAGGGACAGAUCACAGCUGAGGAUGUCUGUAUCCACAUAUCUGAGAGGCUUGGGAUCACACCGCUGUGUUACACAUUAUUUGCUCUGUAUGAUGUGCAUGGAAAAUACUGGUAUCCUCCCGACCAUGUGUUUACUAUCACAAAGGAUAUGAAACUGUUUCUCCAUUUCCGCAUGAGGUACUAUUUUAGGAACUGGCACGGUAUGAAUGAGAAGGAACCUGUUGUUUUUCGCAAUGUUCCAAAGAGCAGAGACGGCAGUGAGGAGAGGAGCCGCAUUGAGCAGGCAGGAGCCAUCUUGGAUUUGGCUUCUUUUGAAUACCUUUUUGAACAGGGAAAGUUUGACUUUGUGAAUGAUGUGGUAUCUCUGAAGGACUUCCCGAUGGAGCAGGAUAUCCACAGAUUUAAGAACGAGAGCCUUGGCAUGGCCGUGCUUCACUUGUCUCACAUCGCCAUAAAGAAGAAGGUGUCUCUAGAAGAGGUGGCAAAGCAAAUUAGCUUUAAAGAGUGCAUCCCAAAGUCAUUCUGUCGCCAAAUCCAGCAGAAUAAUUACCUUACCAAGUUCCGCAUGAAGAAUGUUUUCAAGAAAUUCGUCCGGCGCUUCCACCUCCAUACCGUGAGCCCCGGAAAGCUGACCGAGGAAGACAUCAUGUACAAGUACUUGUCAACGCUGGAGAACUUAGCCACGAGGUUUGGCUGCGAGGUUUUCAAGGCGUUGUCAUUGGAACUGCCGGCCGAGGGAGAGAAGCUGCCAUUUUACUUAAAUGGCGGCUACAUGGAACAUACAGAGACUGUGAACAGAGAACCAAUCAGCACUCAUCAGGUUAUGGUGAGCGGGAUGGACGGAAUCCAAUACAGAGUCAUCAAAGAGGAGGAGACCGCCGAAGUCAGCACCCAGAGGCAUUACUUCAGCAAGAAAAGCUGGGUAAAAGGACAGAAGGCCUCAAAGCCCCAACAGAUUACAGAAAAAAAUGAAACAAAAUGGGUGACGUUUUGUGACUUUCAGGAUAUCACACACAUCGUCAUCAGCAAGAGCAGAGUCAGCGUCAGCUGUCAAGAUAACCGGUGUCUGGAGAUUGCUCUGCCUUCCUGUGAGGAUGCCUUGUCGUUUGUAUCUCUGGUAGAUGGAUAUUUUAGGCUCACAACUGAUUCUAACCACUAUCUCUGCCAUGAGGUUGCCCCGCCACGUUUAGUGAUGAGUGUUGCAAACGGAAUUCAUGGACCCUUGCAGGAGCAGUAUGUUGUCCAGAAGCUGAGGCGAGAGGAGCAGGAAGAGGGAGUGUACAUUAUAAGAUGGAGUGCCUUCACUUUUAACAUCAUAAUCAUGGCUGUGAAGAGUGCCAGCCAGAGCAAAGGGUUUGCCUACAAACAAUUCAAAAUUGAGAAGAAGGGUGAAGUGUUCUCGCUAGAGGAUUGGGAUCGUGAGUUCCACAGUGUAAAAGAAUUAGUGGAAAGCCUGCGGGGCUGCACCCUGAAAUCUGGAAAGGAGACCUUUACAGUGAAGAAGUGCAUCUUACCCAAGUCUGGAGAAGUGUCCAACUUGACUGUCUCCCGGAGAGGGAAAAACAGCAAGGACAGAACAGUAUCCAAGAACCUCAACCUGAGCCAACUCAGUUUCCACCAGAUCCGCAAGCAUGAGAUUCUGCAGAAAGCACACCUGGGGCAGGGCACUCGCACUAAUAUUUAUGACGGGAUGCUCCUGGUGAGCGAGGGAAGCGAGCAGGAAUCCGACUUUGAGUCUGGUGAACUUAAUAACAAUUCCCAUGAUCUGAGGGUGGUUCUGAAAGUUCUGGAUCCCAGCCACAGAGACAUAGCACUGGCUUUCUUUGAGACGGCAAGUUUAAUGAGCCAAGUGUCCCACAUCCACCUUGUGUUUGUUCAUGGAGUUUGUGUUCGAGAGUCUGAGAAUAUCAUGGUGGAAGAGUUUAUUGAACACGGACCUCUGGAUGUCUGUCUACGGAAGGACAAACUGAGGAUAAAAACAGAAUGGAAGUUCACUGUAGCCAGACAACUGGCGAGCGCCUUGAGCUACCUGGAAGAUAAAAAUUUGGUCCAUGGAAAUGUCUGUGCAAAAAAUAUUUUGCUGGCCAGAAAAGGCUUGGAAGAGAAUUCCUCUCCAUUCAUCAAACUGAGUGAUCCAGGAGUGACAUUCACAGUCUUGUCCAGAGAGGAACGUGUGGAGAGGAUUCCAUGGAUUGCACCGGAGUGUGUCAGAAACAUCUCUAGUCUUAGCACCGCCGCUGAUAAAUGGAGCUUUGGGACAACCUUGCUGGAAAUUUGUUUCAAUGGUGAAGUUCCUCUGAAAGAAAGAACACCUCCUGAGAAAGAGCGUUUUUAUGAGAAGGAGCUGGGUCUCCCAGAACCUUCCUGCAAGGAGCUUGCUGACCUGAUUGGCCAGUGCCACAAUUACAACGCAGAAGGAAGACCCUCUUUCCGAACAAUCCUCAGAGAGCUGACACAGCUGCAGCCUGAUGUUCUUCCAGACAUUGCCGCCAUCAGCCCAGUCUCUAUCACGGACCCCACAGUGUUUCAAAAGCGCUACCUGAAAAAAAUCCGAGAGCUAGGAGAGGGCCACUUUGGCAAAGUCAGCCUUUACUGCUACGACCCCAACAACGAUGGCACAGGAGAGAUGGUGGCUGUGAAGUCCCUAAAGUCUGGCUGCAGCCAACAACUGGAAUCCAGCUGGAAAGGAGAGAUCAAGAUCCUGAAGACUCUUUACCAUGAGAACAUUGUCAAGUACAAGGGAUGCUGCAGCGAACAAGGAGAUAAGAUUGUUCAGCUCAUUAUGGAAUAUGUGCCAUUGGGAAGCCUUCGAGAUUAUCUCCCCAAGCACAAUGUGAGCCUGGCCCAAAUAUUACUGUUUGCACAACAGAUCUGCGAGGGAAUGGCCUAUCUUCACUCUCAGCAUUACAUACACCGUGAUCUCGCUGCCCGCAAUGUCCUUGUUGAAAAUGAAAACGUGGUGAAAAUUGGAGAUUUUGGGCUGGCCAAAGCAGUCCCUGAAGGGCAUGAAUAUUACCGAGUCAGAGAGGAUGGAGACAGCCCAGUUUUCUGGUAUGCAACCGAGUGUCUGAAAGAGUGUAAAUUCUUCUAUGCUUCUGAUGUUUGGUCAUUUGGGGUCACUUUCUAUGAGCUCUUGACUCGCUGUGAUUCCUAUCUCAGCCCCCCUGCUAAAUUCAUCGAGAUGAUCGGGGUCACCCAGGGACAGAUGACUGUAGUGAGGCUGAUUGACCUGCUGGAGAGAGGUCAGAGGUUACCAUGUCCUAACGACUGUCCUCUAGAGAUCUAUAAGCUUAUGAAAAACUGCUGGGAAACCGAAGCAAAUUUCCGUCCAACAUUUAAUCACCUUAUUCCAAUCCUGAAAUCUUAUCACAACACGUACUCGACCCAGGCCCCAUCCGUGUUUAGUCUGUGCUAGAACUACAAAUAUGGAGAAUGCAGUUUGAAAGUCCUGAACCAGAACCCCCCACAACAAGAUUGUCUGCUUGUGAACUGGGCGAGACUCCAUUUGUACAUUGCAGAAGAGGGAGCGGAGUUCAAGGGAGGACAAGAAAGGAUUUCCAAGAUGGCCGCGCUGUGACUUAAAGCUCGGGUUGCAGAAACUCCGUCCCUGGCUGCCGGAAAAGAAAGUUGUUGUGAAUGAUGAAGUGGUCAUUCUCAUAUGACAACCAAUGGGAUUGUAUGUAUUAGUGGCAUUGUGCAAUUGUGAUUUCCAAAGAACUGGUAUCACUGUGAUGGGUUCACGUAUCCGCGGGAUCUUUUUUUCCCACUUAAGUGACUUAAUGACUGUGACUUGUGCAAUGAUAUAAAAGGUCAGACUAACCGGCUCUCAGAUAUUAUAUGGAAUAAUGUCCUUCCCUUUUGGAAAGAGUCUGACACAGUGGCCUUUUGCUUAUUUAAUGCAUUCAUGUUCGUUUUUGCCAGAUAUCAAGGCCAACUAAUAAUACGGUGUUAAAGGAUCAGUCGCACUAGUGUAGGGUAUCAGCGAGCUACUGUAUUUUUAGGGCUGUGAAAAGCCAUUUUAACCUAUAAAGGGUUGGCAUCUUUAUUUCCCCCAUGUUACACAGAUGGAAGCUGCCGUGCAUGUUACUUAUCAAGAGAACGGUAUGUCACUAUGAUGUGAAUCUCUGGGCUGAAUAACGUAAUAUGUCUGUGAAUUCUGUGCUUUGUCGGGAGAAGGUAUUUUACCAUAACCAUGCUGUUCAGUUGUAUAUGAAAUAAAAACCUAUGCAUACGGUUA